AUGGAGCCCCUCUCCUUCCAGGAAUACAUCUGCUCCCUGGACCCCACCACCCUGCCCCGUGUCCUCAGGAUUUGCGCCGGUGUCUACUUCCAAGGGUCCGUGUAUGAGAUAUCAGGCAAUGAAUGCUGCUUGUCAACGGGCGACCUGCUGAAAAUCAUGGCUGUGACACUGCAGAAGGUCAUUUGCGAGGACACAGAGACAGGGCAGACAACAGAGCUGCCACCAACGUUUAAGGGUCUUUUCCAGCCUGCCCAAGCCCCGGGACCAUACCCAACACCGCAGAGACCGUUCCUGGAGGGCAGCAGGCAGCAGGGCCUGACACUGCACCAGGUGCUGGGGCAGUGGGACGGGCGGCCACAGCCCCUGCUGUGCCCCGCCAUCAGCCCCCACAUCCUGCUCCUGCACCCUGUCUACGAGGUGCACGCCGCCAUGCACCUUCGUCGGGAUGUGGUGAAGAUCCCCUCCACGCUGGAGGUGGAUGUGGAGGACGUCACGGAGGAGGCGCAGCACAUUCACUUCGCCCAGCCGCUGCUGCUGAAGGCUGACUACAGCCUUUGGGAUCUGCGGCGCAACCUCCAACUGCCUCGAUCCUGCAGAAAGGUGCCCACUUUCCUCAAAGGCAAGCCACCCGUACGCCACUAG